CCAGUCAACGACGGGAGGUGAUCUUGGUCGCAGGCAUGGUGGUGAAUUUCAAGGUGUACAAGAAAUGCUCGCCGAACGGCAAAAUCUCUCUGUACCUGGGCAAGAGGGAUUACAUCGACUAUCUCUCCGGUAUCGAGCCGGUCGAUGGAGUGAUACUUCUCGAUCAAGAUUACGUGGACACAGGUAGGAAGAUAUGGGGCCAGUUAAUUUGCAGCUUUCGUUACGGCCGGGAGGAGGACGAGGUGAUGGGCCUUAACUUCCAAAAGGAUCUCUACUUGAUCUCGGAGCAACUGUUCCCAGCGACCGGGAAGAAACGGGAGGAGAAUCUGACCAAGCUUCAGGAUCGUCUGUUGCAAAAGCUAGGACCAAACGCGAUUCCGUUCACCUUCAAGUUCUCUCAAUCCGCUCCGUCGAGCGUCACUCUGCAACAAGGCGAGGACGAGACGGGCGAGCCUUGCGGAGUGAACUACUACGUGAAGAUCUAUUGCGGAGAGACGGAGACCGACGUCACUCACAAGAGGAGCACCGUAAUCAUGGGUAUAAGGAAGAUCCAGUACGCGCCCACGAAGCAAGGCCGGCAGCCUUGCACCGUGGUGCGAAAGGACUUCUUGCUGAGCCCCGGCGACCUGGAGCUCGAGGUCACGUUGGACAAACAGCUGUACCAUCACGGGGAGAGGAUAGCCGUGAACGUGUGCGUGAGGAACAGCAGCAACAAGGUGGUGAAGAAGAUCAAGGCGUUGGUCCAGCAGGGUAUCGACGUGGUCAUCUUCCAAAACGGCCAAUUCAGAACUGUGAUCGACGCGGUGGAGACUCAGGACGGUUGCCCCAUCAAUCCUGGCUCGAACCUGACCAAGGUUCUUUACCUGAAACCGGAGCUGGAGAACAACAAGCAUCGAAGGGGCAUCGCGUUGGACGGUCGGUUGAAGAGAGAGGAGAGCGAAUUGGCAUCCAGCACUCUGCUUCUCUCGCCGGAUAUACGCGAAUCCUUCGGCAUCGUGGUCUCUUACGCCGUCAAGGUGAAGCUGUACUUGGGCGCGCUGAGCGGGGAAUUGUCCGCCGAGCUGCCGUUCAUCCUGAUGCGGCCGAAACCCGUCGACCGGAUCAAGGUGGCGAACGAGGAGGUGGAGAACGUGAAGGAGGUGGAAAACGCGAAGCCGAUCGCCAGCUAGAGAGCAGGCAUCGAACGAUAGCUCUCUGGCUAACAACUCUCUUCCAUCUCCAUCUGACUUUCCUCGUACGAACGAAAUGAUAUCGAUACAAGGAAUGAGAUCCUCCUAUUCGUAUCGCGUUUUCGAAAAUUCAAAAUAUUUUUCCAUAUAUAUAAAUAUAUACACGACGUUGAAUAUGUAUUUGAAUAUUUAAAAAAAAAUAAAAAAAACUAAUUAUUGUAAGUCAUAAAUUAUUCGCUGUAAUGGAAUCGGGGAAAUAUAUUGGAAAAUUGA